CGAAGAAAUCCUCUAACACAAAAAACCAACUCGAAUACUCCAUCUCUCUCCUCUCUCCUCUUCUCUCUCUCUCUCUCUCUCUCUCUCUCACCCACACAAAAACACACACAGAGGCAACUUUCAGUCACAUCCACAAACAAACAGUAAAACCCUUCCAAUUCCAAUAGCCUUUUGGCUUCCCACAAAUCCAAGAAACACCCACCGCCGUCUUCCCCCCAAAUCACCAUGUCGGACUUGGUGAAAGACAUCCUAGCAAGACCCAUCCAACUGGCCGACCAGGUGAUCAAGUCCUGCGACGAGGCCACCUCCUUCAAAUCCGACUGCGCCGACCUCAAGGCCAAGACCGAGCGCCUCGCCGCGUUGCUCCGACAGGCCGCCCGCGCCGGGCCCGACCUCUACGAGCGCCCCACCCGCCGCAUCAUCCACGAGGCUAACCAGGUCCUCGAGAAGGCCGUGUUCCUGGCCCACAAGUGCCGCGCCAACGGCCUCGUCAAGCGCGUCUUCACCAUCAUCCCCGCCGCCGCCUUCCGCAAGGCCUCCGCCCAGCUCGAGAACUCCGCCGGCGACCUCUCCUACCUCCUCCGCGUCUCCUCCGCCGCCGUGGACGACGGUUCCGACGACGGUUUCCUCGGCGUCGGCGGCCUUCCCCCCAUCGCCGCCAACGAGCCCAUCCUCUGCUUGAUAUGGGAACAGAUUGCCAUCCUGUCCACUGGCCCGGUCCCCGACCGCGCCGACGCCGCCUCCUCCCUCGUUUCCCUGGCGAACGACAACGUCCGCUACGGGAAACUCAUCAUCGAGGAAGGCGGCGUGGGGCCCUUACUUCGGUUAAUCAAGGAAGGGAACGCGACAGGUCAAGAGAGCGCUGCUAAAGCCAUUGGGCUUUUGGGAAAGGACUACGAGAGCGUGGAACACAUGAUUCAGGCAGGGGUGUGUUCGGUGUUCGCCAAAGUACUGAAAGAGGGUGCGAUGAAGGUUCAGGCCGUGGUGGCUUGGGCCGUGUCUGAGCUCGUUGCCAAUCAUCCUCCGUGUCAGGAACUCUUUGCACAGCACAAUGUGAUACGAUUGCUCGUUAGUCACUUGGCUUUCGAGACGAUUCAAGAGCACAGCAGGUACGCGAUUUCUCACAAAUCCCUACAUGCUAUCGUAGUAGCUAGUAAUAAUGUUAAUAGUAGUAGUAAUUCGAAUGGAAACGCGAAUGGAAAGGGGACAGGUUCGAGUGUUAGUGAAGAUGAUGAUCCACAGAGCUCUAGUAAAAUCCCUCCACAUCCAUUAUUAGGGGGUAAACAAGCUAGUAAGAUGCACAAUGUUGUUGCCACUACAAUGGCCAUGAGUAGCGAGUCAAAGUCGCGGCUAGGCAAUGGCGUAAGCCAAACCAAUCAUGUCAAGAGUUUCAAGACUGAGAAAAAUGCUAGCGAAAACCAUUAUCAAGUCUACCAGCAGCAGCAUCAGGGUAGUGCUUUGAUUUCUGGGAAAGGGAGGGAAUAUGAGGAGUCUAAGACGAAGGCUUAUAUGAAGGCAAUGGCCGCAAGAGCCCUCUGGCGACUAGCGAAAGGAAACUCGGCCAUUUGCAAGAGCAUUACCGAGUCUAGAGCUCUGUUGUGCUUUGCGGUGUUAUUAGAGAAAGGACCGGAAGAUGUGCAGUACAAUUCGGCUAUGGCGUUGAUGGCGAUCACAGCAGUCGCCGAGAAAGAUCCUGAGUUGAGGAAAUUGGCAUUCAAGCCCAAUACGCCUGCUUGCAAAGCAGUUGUGGACCAAUUAGUUAGAAUCAUUGAUAAAGCAGAUUCGGAACUUCUUAUACCGUGUGUAAAAGCUAUUGGAAACCUAGCUAGGACUUUUUGUGCCUCUGAGACGAGGGUGAUAAGCCCGUUGGUACAGUUGCUUGAUGAAAGAGAAGCACUGGUUUCUAGGGAGGCUUGUAUUGCACUUGCGAAAUUCGCUUGCCCUGAGAACUAUCUCCACCUUGAUCACUCCAAGGCUAUAGUAGCUGCUGGAGGAGCAAAGCACCUGAUUCAGCUUACAUACUUUGGGGACAAGAUCGUUCAGAGUCCUGCAAUGGUUCUUCUUUGUUACAUUUCAAUGCACGUUCCGGAUAGCACAGAAAUGGCUGAAGCCCAUGUGCUCAAUGUGCUUGAAUGGGCGUCAAAGCAAACCCAUGUGUUCCAAGACGAAGAGGCUGAGUUGUUGUUGCAAGAGGCUAAAAGCAGGUUGGAACUCUAUCAAUCCAGAGGUUCAAGAGGAUUCCCAUAGUUUCAUGAACUUGUCAAAUUGUUUGUAAUUAGAUUGAAGCUUCUGCAUUUUUAAUUUUUUUUGUACUAUAUUGUAUUCUUAUGGAGUGUAUAUACGUUUUAUUGUAUUCAAUUGCUUAGGCAAAAAUACCCAAUUGUUAUCAUUCUUCUGAUAAAUUUUUGUGGAGGCUAGUGGUCUCUAGGACAUGUAAUAUUUUGUGGUUUGAUGAUUAUUACUUAAUUUAAACUUUAUUCGUUUAA